UAGAAAAUUAAGCAACCACACGUUUAAUUUUGUUUGUUACUAGAAGUAGAAUGGAAACCCAAAUUGGACAGACAGUAUCUGUUGUAGAUGACUCUAAAAAAGAUGAGAUUAGGGACAGCGAGCAAUCAUUUUCUUUACUGCUUCCAGUAAAACCUGGUACCUUAAGUAAGCAAUACACUCCUACUUCUGAAACAGUCAUAAAAGAUAAGGACCAGAGGAGCAAAAAUUUUGUCUCUGACCGAAGGGAGAAGAGAAGUUGCAGGGAAACAGACAUAAUGCCAGUGGGCUAUAACUACAUUGUAGACAUUAAAUUGGAAGAGGAGGUUUUGAUAAAAGGAGGAUCAAAGAAAGAGGUACAGAGUAUGAGGAAAAGGGAGCAUGAUGUUGCUUUGCAAAAUACAUUGCAACCAGAGCGUAGGAAGAGAAGGCGUGAGAGUUCUUCAUUAGAAGUGGGAUCUCAAAGAGACAUUGUCACAGAAAAAAAAUGUGCUAGUUCCUUAUUAGAAUCUGAACAAAAAAUCCAAAGUUUCACGAAGAACACAAAAAAAUUGAAGAAAAACUGCCAGCAUUCCUUGAUAAUGAGAGGAUUGCACAAGGAAAUGAAAACUUUAACUGAGAAGGAUGGGGCUUCAGUAAUAAGAGGUUUAGGCUCUGACAAAGUAUCAGGGAACCUGCAGAAAAGUCAUAGCUGUUCAGCAUCAGAAUCAAGACCACAGCAGAAAAUGUGGAAUUUUAGGGAGAGGAUUAAACCAGUUUGGCCAGAACAAAAUCAGGACAAAAGUCAAAGAGUAAAGAGAAGCAUACCUAAGUUAGAAUCUACCAUACAGAACUUAAGCCUAUUAAAACAUAGAGAAAGAAAAAGAGUAAUUACUUCCCCUAAAACACAGGUAGAUGUAAAGUACCCAGUCAGAGUGAGGUCAGCUGCUGUGGCACAUCUUUCAAGUAAAUGUACAGAAGGAACAGAAAAUCUAAUGAAAAAUGCCAGGGUGAGUUUGGUAAAACCUCAGGAACAAAAAAGAAAAAAAGAAAACUCUUUUAUGAAACUGACUGUCUCAAAAUCGCAGAAGGGUGUAAAAACUUCAAAUCAAAAUAGCAAACAUUUAUUGGAGUCUGUAGUAAACUUUGAGGAAAAUAAAAAAUGCAGAAGUACUGUAAUAGGAAUAAAUAGGAUGGUUACACGAGCGUUUUCAAAAUCAAAAAUGUGUACAAGUGAUGGUGAAAAGCAAAGCUGGAAGUCAGAAAAGAGUGUUACAGAGAUUCUGGGAUGUAGACAGUGGAUCUUGGAGAAGAAAAUGACUAGAGAACAAAUGGAUUGUGUACCUACAGAGGAGCUGUUGGUUACCAAAACAGAGGGAACUAGUAAGGAAGAGACAGAUGGAAAGGAUGAAAUUGUGACUUCAACUGUUCUUAAAAAAGAAAUCAAAACAUCUAGAGAGGAUACCCUUGACAUUUUAAGUAUACGGUAUGGAAAGCUGACAGAUACUAUUGUGAAUACUUUAAAGGACUGUAAUAUAGAGACACCAUUAAAACAGUCUGCAUGUCUUCCAAUAACCGAGUCAGAUGAGAUCAAAAGCAACAAUUCUAUUAGCCCUUAUUUUUGGAGGGAGACAAAAAUAUAUUGUGAUGCUAAUUUUUCUGUCACAAAUAAUAAGUGUCCAGAACAUUUUGACAUAAAAGUAGCUGAAAAGAAAAUUGAAAAAAACACAUUGGUGGAGUAUCAAGGUGAAAGAUUUGGAUGGCUUCCUAUGCAUAAUGUUCUGCCCUGCAACAUAAAAAAGAUUCCAGUAGUAAAAUUGUUUGAUUGCUAUUACGUUAAGGCAUUGUUAGAAUCUACAGGUAUCAAGUCUACUCAAAGCUAUAAGGUUCAUUGUGGAUCUCUGCAUGUUACACUUGAUCAAGGAAAGUCCCUGUCUUCUAGGGGUAUGGGACCGAAUGAUGUGAAUAGUAGCCCUAAUGUUAUACAUGCUGUAAAGUUACUCCCACAAAAAGACAUUUUGGUUUCAAAAAAAAUGUGCCAAUAUAGUAAAAAAUGUCAAAAUGGGAAGCAAUUCAGGGAAAAUAAAUUGUCCACAGAUUUUAAAAAGCCAAGCAAAAGACUAAAAAUGCCAGAGGACCUAGAAGAAUCAGCAGUCAUGAAAGUUCUCAUAAAUGUGGAUAUUUCUAGUGAACAUGGAAUACCAAUAGAGGAUAAUACUGUUGCCAUAGAUUCUUCAGUUAUUUCGGAAAAACUAAACUAUAGUGAAACAAGUGACUUAUCUUUACUUGAUUACACACCUGAAUUAAGUCUGCAGCAGCCUUCUCAAAAUCAGGUUGCCAACUUGUCUAGCAAUGAAACAGCAAACCAAGAGCACUUCAUUACAUACAGUUCCAGUAUUUUUGAGAAAUCGGCAGGUCUCAAAAAAGAGAAGAAUGAAUUAAAGCAAAUAGAGACAUUUACUGACCUCAGUAAAAUGGACGAAAAUAAAUCCAUAGUGGAGGCAUUGGAUGGUGAAAAAAAUAUGUUCUGUAAUAGUAAUACUGCUGCCUGCAAGAAAAGAAAAAGGACAUGUGAAAUAAAAGUAAAUAAAGCUGGUAGCAAACAGCAACUAUAUAGCUGUCAAAGGGCAGUCCCAAUUAAUGGUAAAAAUAUUUGGCCCCGUGAAUCAUGUGCAAGAACAUCUUUGUGGGUCCAUAAAAAUCAUGCAUUAGAUUCAGAAAGAGAAUCUUUAAGAGGUACUGAUUCAGUAACUAAAUGCAGGGAAUUGGAGGUCCACAAACUAUUGGCAGAUAGUAGUAAAAUAUCUGCAGAUAAGAUAGUGCAUCAUAAAAUAGAAUGUACUGUUGAAAGCCCACUUUCAGACUGCAUGUUGCAUGUAGGCAAGACACUCUCAGCUAUUACUGGUACUGAGAAUAGAUUUUCUGAUCAUAUGGAAAAAUCUAAACAGAGCACAUAUGCUACUACUAAACUUGUAAAAUCAAAAGUGAUUUUGAAUUCAUUAGGGAGAGAAGUCAAAGGAAAGAAAAAUAUAAAUAUUCAGAAUGGCAUAUUUGCAGACACUAGGAAAAAGAAGACAGAUAAUCCAAAAAUAUCAGAUACGAAACAAGAACCAGUGUUGAAAACCUUAAUGACAGGAACUCUGUCAAACUUCAAAAUUCCUUUACUUAAGGAUAAAAGUGAUUUUAGAAAACCAGAAAUUGCAAGAUCAUCAGAAAAAGAUACUUGCAAUCUUUCAAGUAUUUUAGAAAAUUCUGUAAAAAAAGCUAGAAUUAAAGAGACUUCAUCUGAAGAAAAUCCUAGCCCUCAUGUCCAAACUGAACAGAUGAAUUCUGUUCCUGUACAGAAAAAAUAUACAAAUCAAUUCAGUGAUAUUCCUGAAAACUUUAAAAAGAGAAGUAUUCGAAAUACAUUUGAGAGAACUUCCCAUGAGAGUAAACUAGAAUUACCAGCUUUGAAAGCUACUCCUUUCUCUUUGAGUACUGGAAAUAUAGAGAAGCAAAUGCUAAAGUCUACUUUGGCCUCAGAAACUAUUGAUAAAGUUAAUUUCAACAAUAAGUUGGCACAGGACAAAGGUAACAUUUGUGCAGAUAUUCUUAAGGCUUAUGAAGAUGAUGUUCUUGUGAUUGAUGUUAUUCAGGAUGAUCCUGAUCUGUUCGGAGACACUGACGAGCAAGAAGGUGUCUGUACAAAGAUUCAUAAUGCUAAAAAUAUUUCUACCAGUGGUUUUUCAGGAAAUCUGGAAUUGAAAUCAGAAUCUUCUCAGCUUCCAAAAAGCAGGCAUUUGAAAUGUGUUAGAGAUAGCCUUAUUCAAGAUUAUGGAACACUGAAAUCAGAUGUAAAUGCUGAUGGUUUGCUGAUAAAAGUUGAUGAAAUUAAGUCAGAGUCUCUAAGUGGAAACAGUUCUAUAGGAAUAAUAACAGAAUCAUCUCUUGAAGAUGGACAACUGACAGAAUUGGAUGAACUUACUGAGGUUUUCGAUACAAAUGAAAAGCAUAAAUUUUCAGAGAAAUUGCUUGCUAUGCAAGAACAGAAAACAAGUGUUCAAGAUUUUGUAAAAAUUGAGAAUACAGUAACUAUUGAACCUCUGAGCUGUGAUCAACUGGAGUUGCCAUUUCCUACUGUGAAAGCCAUUGUUCCCGAACGGCAAGACACAGCAUUGAAAUCAUGGAUGAAUGAUUUCAGAUUCCCAAGGAAAUGUCCUCCUUGUCCCUCAUCAACUACUAAUAGUUACGAAACUUGGAAAUUAGAAAAAAAUUCAGCGACUAAUUUAGGAUUGGCUUUUCUACCUCGUGGAUAUUGCAGAUACCAUUUCAAUUCAUUGAAUGGUUGUGAGAGGCCAAACUGCCGGUACUGGCAUGUUGUUCUAUCAGGAAAUGAAAAGCUUUGCAAUGAAAUAAUUAAGAAAUAUAUAAAUAUUGGUGAAGUAGUUUUGCUGCAACGUGCAGUACAUAUAUUCACAGAUUACUACAAAGAAGGUACCACUGGAGUUCACUUGGAUUCACAAACGUUCCAUGAUCUACUAACAUCUUUGCUUCAGUCCUCUUUGCUGAAAGAACUUUUUCAUGUAGUGCAUAUUGGCAUUAUGAUUAAAAUAUUACCAACUGUAGAUAUUCUACUCAAAAUAUUUGAAGAAGUGGCUUCCAUGAAAGUAAGAGAGGCAGUACCUGAGUUAUCUGACAUCUUUUGUAAGCUUAUUGAUGCUGGAAUGGUCCUUGAAUGUGAACAUAUUGGGUAUAUCACCAAGUUACUAAACCAGUUACAUGUUUCUAAUCAGGAAAUAACUAUACUUAUGUCCAGAUUUCAGAGAAGACAUUUUCACAAGGCCAGCUUUUGUGAUUUUGAUUCAGCAGUAGCAGAAUUUCAGCAUUGUAAAGAAAAAAGUGACUGGGCUAAAUUGGGAACUUUGUACGUUAAUGUGAAGAGAGCAUGUAAAAAUGUUGAUAACCUUGAAAAAUACUCAUUGUAUGUUGCUAGCGUACUAAUCAGUUCAGUGAAGGAAGAGAAGCCAGGCAUUCCAUUUUGUGAAUUUGCAGCUGCAGUUAAUGCUGAUGCUCAUCGCGAUGAAGGAGACAUGACUUCAUUAGGAAGGAUUGGUAUUAGUGUCAUGUUUUCAUAUUACAAAAUACACCAGUGGUCAAAGGCCAAGAAGGUUCUGGAUGUGCUUCACGCUUUAAAGAUACACUUCACAUUUUUUAAAGGAUUUCUUGGACAAGAGCAGUUGGCUUCAAGAUGUCAUAUUGUUAAUGUUGCUGUGGAAAUCUUUCUCAAAUGUGGGAGCCUUGAUGGAGCAUUAUGGGUAUUGAGAGAGUCAGAAUGGAUAAUAAGUACAGCAUCAUGGCCUUGUGAUAGAAUGGAUGUCCUCAAUCGACAUAAUCUGCUAUAUACUAUAGCAUCUGACUUAAUGACAAAGAACCGGUAUGGAGAAACGUUUGAAGUCUUACGAAAUCUCCCAGGCUUUCAGAAUACUUGUGACACUCUGGAUGUAUCCCAGUACAGCCUUUUGUUUAAUAAACUGCUAAGUGCUUGUUCAGAAAGUAGGAACACUGGACUAUCAUCUGUUGUAGUAGAGUUCAUGCUUGCAAGAAAUAUCCCUGUUGAAUUUAAUUUACUUCGAGCAUUAAUCACAGCACUGGGAAGAAGUUGUUUGUGGCUCAAGGCCAGGACACAUUAUAAAAGUGCUUUAGCAUUGGGUUGCUAUCCACCACCAGAGGGAAAUCUUUAUCGUAAACUUUUACUGAUUCCUUCUUAUAUGACUGAAGUUGAAAUGCUGUUAGCAAUUGAAAUAUUUUUGGUUUCAAAUGCUAGUAGUAUUCAGAGUCCUGGAGCUUCCAGUCAGAUACUUCAAAUAGUAUUAAAAAGAUGUGAAGGUAACGAUGUACGAAACAAUGAAGACUAUCAGAAUGCUGUGGAGAGGCUGAUUCAGGCUGCUCGCAUAUCUAAUCCAAAGCUUUUCAUAAAGCAUUUGACAGUCAAUGUUAAUAUGGAGCAAGUUUAUAGUUUGGAGCAUACUUGUGUACUUAAAUGGUUGAAAGAAAAUAUGAAAUGGGCAGGAAAAGUCUGGCUUUUUUAGUCAAUUAAGACUUUGG